AUCAUCGACCGCGACCCGCUUAUACAGCUCCUUGUCCCGCAGCCUCGGAGUCGGCACCACCUCAAGCGGGGUCCGCAUGUAGGUCACGAGCCCUGGGCUCUCGGCCAUAUCAAUCUCCCCAUGUGGGGCCCACUCGAAGUGCCCGAUCAUGGACGUCACCAAAUUUAUCCCGAGCUGAGCUCCCGGGCAAACCCUCCUCCCAGCGCCAAACGGGAGCAGCCGAUAGUCGUGCCCCUUCAUGUCCACGUCAUCCUCAAGAAACCUCUCGGGCCUGAACUCGUGUGGGGCCCGCCACAUGGACGGGUCGCGGGCCACGGCCCACACAUUUACGUGCACUUUGAGCGGUGGGGAAGCAUUAGUGGGGUGGGAGGGUGGAGACGUAAUGCCUCCUUGGCCACGCACUGGAGGGAGGCUGGGGAAGUCGAGCUCGGUGAUCACGCGGUUGGGCCCGACUACGCGGUCCAGCUCUUCUUGGGCCUUCUUUUGGGCCCGCGGGUUCUUGAUCAGCUCGGCCAUGGCCCACUCGACCGAUAUCGCGGUCGUGUCCAUUCCUGCCGUGAUCAUGUCCUG